UGUUCCGAGGAAUUCCCUUCCCGUUCUCACCUUCCUCGCUGCGUCUCGUCACUGUAGAGUUUUCCCAGGGGGGAACAGACACUCAUGGAGCCCUCUAACCUCUCCGCUCUCAAAGAAGAAGAAGACGAGGACGAGACCUCCGUCGGUGGAGGAGAUCAAGUACGCCUCGCCGCCCCGUCCGCCUUCUCUCCCGACUCGAUCCCUCCCCGCCCCGCAUCACAGAGUUCACUUCAAAAGUAUGCACCUUUAGAAUGGUCAGAUUAUUUUGAUAAAGAAGAUGAUGUAAAAGUUCCUGGAUCAGAUAAUGUUUUUCAUGUCUAUAUGGCUGGAUCUGAAGGACCAGUUGUUUUUUGCAUACAUGGAGGUGGCUAUUCAGGGCUUUCUUUUGCUCUGGCAGCGAGUAAGAUAAAGGAAAAAGCUAGGGUGUUAUCCAUGGACCUUCGAGGGCAUGGAAAAUCAGUCACCGACAAUGACCUGGACUUAUCUAUAGAAACUUUAUGCAAUGAUAUUUUGUGUGUUUUGAAGACACUGUAUGGAGAUUCGCCACCUGCAGUUAUACUUGUCGGCCACAGCAUGGGAGGUUCAGUGGCCGUGCAUGUAGCUGCAAGAAAAGUUAUACGUAACUUAGCUGGUCUUGUUGUCAUUGAUGUUGUCGAGGGAACAGCUAUGGCAUCCUUAGUCCAUAUGCAGAAAAUCCUCUCGAGUCGAAUGCAAUAUUUUCCCACAAUAGAAAAAGCAAUUGAGUGGAGUGUUAAAGGAGGCCCAUUAAGAAAUAUUGAAUCUUCCCGUGUAUCUGUUCCAUCAACACUAGUGUAUGAUGAUUCAAAGAAGUGUUACACCUACCGUACUCCUCUGGAAAAAACCGAGAGAUACUGGAAAGGCUGGUAUGAAGGCCUCUCAGAAAUGUUCUUAUCAUGUCCAGUGCCAAAGCUGUUGCUGUUAGCUGGAACAGACAGAUUAGACAGAUCUCUCACAAUUGGACAAAUGCAAGGCAAAUUCCAAAUGGUAGUUGUUCGGCACACUGGACACGCUAUACAGGAAGAUGUACCUGAAGAAUUUGCAUCUCUCAUAAUCAACUUUAUAUCUCGCAACCGGAUAGGCCCAAAUGGUGUCGAGAUUCCAGGGUUAAUCCGACGACCACAGUAGAAGAACUAGUUUCUGAGAGGUGGCUGAGAAAAUUGAGCAGUUCUAGUGGUAGAAAAAAUAAUUUCUCGAUCGCUAAAGUUUGUAUGUCUUUUGGAUUUUUCUCCAGAUUACAUAUUAAGCAAAUUUGAGAUCAUCUUGGGCAUGUGCUGUUGUCUAGUUAGAUAUGUCUUUCAUUUUGUCUUUGAUGCAUACAUAGUUUAGUAGACAAGCUUUGUGUCAGUUUUUCUACAUUCUGGGAACAAGACCACCUCUAACUCACAACUUGAUGGUCAAGUGGUAACUGAUGCACUGUACCUUAUUAUGUAAUUGGCUGGAAUUGAUCGACAUGAUGUCGAUCUGAUUUUACACUGAUGGCAAUUUUAUAUAAAUCGAUGCUAAUCUCUCUUAUAUAAA